GAUUUGUGCAUUUGGUUGGAGGACAUGGACCUUGUUCUGGGCAAGUAGAAGUGAAUUCUGGAGGAGACUGGAUUCUAGUAUCUGAUGGAAAUUUCUCAUUACCCACAGCCCAGGUCAUCUGUGCAGAGCUGGGGUGUGGCAAAGCUGCAUCUGUCCUGAGGAACCUGCCCUUUAGAGAAGACAGUGAACAGGUCUGGGCUGAAGAGUUCCAGUGUGAAGGGCUGGAGCCUGAGCUCUGGUUUUGCCCCAGAGUACCUUGUCCUGGAGGAAGGUGUCCCCACAGAAGGGCUGUGCAAAUUGUCUGCUCAGGAUAUACAGAUGUCCGGCUCAUGAAAAAUGGCAGCUCUCAGUGUGAGGGUCAAGUAGAGAUGAAGACCUCUGGAGGCUGGAGAACACUCUGUGCCUCCCACUGGAAUAUGGCCAAUGCCAAUGUUGUUUGCCGUCAGCUGGGCUGUGGAGUCGCCAUCUCCACCCCAAAGGGGGCAUACUUUGUGGAAGGAGAAGAUGAGAUCUGGAGAGACCGAUUCCACUGCUCAGG